AAUUUGUUCACUUUGUUCUCCCGUCUCGUGUUAUCAAGUUCGUGUCUGUUUCUCUGAAUAUUUCAGGAGGAAAUUGGUUCAUCAAUACGUGUUGCUAAGGAUUAUAAUAUUCUGAAAUUUCUUCCUUAUUUUCAAAUUUUUGCAGAUUCCAAAUAGAAUAAAUAUAUCGAGUACGAGUUUAAGAUUACAUUAAUCACUGGUAGUAAAGAAAUAGAAAGAAAGAGAGAGAGAGAGAGAGACUUAUUGCCUACUCGGCAAGACGAGAAUCCGAUCAACGCUAGACCGGUGAGUUCCCAUACAAAAUAUUGCUUGGUAGUACAGAGGACACUCUAAGCCAAUUAACAAUGUCUGUGCAAAGUGUUGCUCUGGCAUCUCUCACGGCCACGUAUACUGACUCGGAGGGAGAGGAUGGGUUGGAAGAUGACCUCCACGAGAUGUCAAAUACUCCCCGGGGGGCUGCUCCGCACAUUACCCAAAUCGGUCAGCCCCAGGUAUCAAUCAUCACAUCUCCCAAUUCUGGUCGCACAACAUCACCCAGUCCCGUCGUCACUUCCACCAUCAUUGGAAAACGACCACCCAUCAAUGCACCCAUUUUAGUAACGACAGUGACCUCCAGUGUUCAUAGUUUGGUUUCUUAUCAUGACGACACUGUUGUCUCGGACGAUGAGGGCGGAGUUGUAUCAAUGAUGACGGUGAAUCAGCCAACGGAAAAUGGUCGGCUAUCCACCGUUCUCACAAAUGAUCAACAACAAUCGCCCUCGUCGCGUCAAGACGAAUUGGUUUCAGAUGGCGAUGCGGAUACAUUUGGCAUUGUCAUACCACCCGAGCCCAUUGGCAUUUGUCCACUCGAUCUACAGGACAAGAUCACGGCCCUCUUCAAGAAAAUGGAAUCCGGCGGUCUCGACAUGAAUAAAGUGAUUCAACAGCGCAAGGACUUUCGUAAUCCAUCAAUCUACGAGAAAUUGAUACAGUACUGUAAAAUUGAUGAACUUGGCUCCAACUAUCCACCGGAACGUUUUGAUCCUUGUAAAUGGGGUAAGGAUUCGUAUUACGAGGAAUUGGCGAAUGUACAAAUGGUUGAAAUGGAGAAAUUGAAGACGAAACGAAAGGAGAAGGGCACAAAGAUGGAGAUUAUUUCGGGACUAGCUAAGCGGCCGAGUUCGUCGAUAACAACUGCCGAUGAGGAUGCAAAGAAGCGGAAAAGUAAAUGGGAUCAAGUGGCGACUAGUGCAACGGCUUCUGCAGCCGCCGCCGCUGCUGCCGCGACGACAAUCAGUAAAACAACGCUACCAAUUCCAAUGACGACAUUCACAACAUUAACGCCCACUGUCACGGGCACUAAAGCAACCGUUAUCUCCGCCUUUGGAUCAUUGCCAAAGAAAAGACUGUAAUGUACUUUCUUUUUGUAAAUUUCUUCUUUCUUUUUCAAAUCACCUUUCUGUAUAUAUAUAAACAUUUUGUGCAUUUUCUAGGUGAAAUUAAACAGUGGUCCAUUGUCUUGAUACUUCGUUCUUUUAUAGGAAAAACCAGAAAUGGAAAUCGAAUUAACGAAAAGGUAUUUAUUCUUGACAUAACCUCUUAGUUUUUAUAAAAGAAAUUUUUUAUUUUUCUCCGCUAAGAAUUAAUUCUUUGUGGGAGAAUUUUUUCUAUACUUGAGAAUUCUUUCUUUGUAAAGGACCAAUCCCAUGUCAGCGUAAAAACGGAAAAGGUUUAGCCAAUAACAACUUCCGAUUUAAUGGAAUCGUUUCACACUGACAUGGGACUGUACCUUAAGGCUCUUUUUAUAUCAUUAUGACGCUUCACGCUAAAAGGGACCUUAGGGGACAAAAACAGGCUCAGUCCACUGUUGUGCAGUGCACGAAAAUUGAGCCUAAUGUUAUUGUCGCCAAGGUCCCUUUGACCGUGAAGCGUAACAUUACAUGAAAAUACAAUAGAUUUCUUUGUAUUAACGUUAAGUUCAACAUAAGGACAUAAAGAGAGCCUAUUGUGGACAUAGCCUAAGAAUUCUUUUGUUGUAAAUUUUUGCAAAAGAAUUUUUCUUUACGGGAAAGAUUUUUUUUACAAUUGUGACUGUUAUGACACUCCGUCACCGGUUAAAUUGACAACCUCCUCUUAAAGGCUGACAAACUUUUAAAUUCAUAACCUCUAUGAGCAAACAUUGCAUAUUCGAGUUACUAUUUCAAAAUUCCAUGGUGAAUUUUUUUCUUCUACUUUGAACAAUUUAAACGUUGCAUUGAAGUCGAUAAUGGAUUUUUAUCAAAAACGCAAAGCCAGAAUUGAUUCUUAAAGGCCAAUGGGGAAUAGGGUCUUAAACGAAAGUGUUAUCGCAAUCGGAAGAAUGAGUUAGGAUAGGAAUAUUGUCCAUCCUCUAACUAAUUUUUGCGAUUAACACUUUUCUUUAGGACCCUAAUCUGCUUUGAUCUUAAUCCUUUCAUAUCCUAAAGCUUAAUUUGCUCUUUGUCCACAAGGAAGAGUUUUAGGUUAAGUUGACCCGUUGAAGACGCAUUAGAUUGAGUUCACAAUAAAGAUUUUUAGGUUAAACUCUACGCGUCACUGUAUGGACAAUAGAAACUAUUGUUUCCAACGUGCUAGUAAUGCGUUCGUAAAGAACAACGCAUAAUAGCUUUGCGAAAGUCGUUCGCGAACGAGACGCAUGAGAUAGAAAAAAACACAAAUAUAUAUCUGUCCUUUUCUAACUCACGCUUUGCGUUCGCGAAGAAGUUGUGCUUAGGCCUUAACGCGUCAAAUUAACCUAAAAUUCCUUAGACUCAAUCUUAAAGUUGAGUCCACAAUGGAAGCUAUAAACGUGAUCGGAACUACAAACAUAAUGUGGAAUCCACAAUGGAAACUUUCAAUUUAACUGUCAACUUAACCUAAAAGUUUCCAUUAUGGAUUCGACAUUACGAUCGUAAUUCCGAUCACUUCCGAAUUAAGAAUCAAUUAAGAGCCUUGAAGUUGGGUUCGAAGCGGACAAAAGUGGAGUAAAAUUCCACUUUUUGAGUUAAUGGAGACGCUUUUAGUUUGUCCACACGCUCACAGUUUCGCUUCAAACGCUACUGAUGGCCUAAAGUUAAAAAAAAAUUAUAAAAAAUAAAGUUGUCCUACUUUAUGCUAAUAAAAAAGAUUAUUUAAGCAAACGAAUGGAGGAUUUUAAAUAAUUUCGGACCGUUGACGUAAUUCAAAAUCCAAGUUCAAGAUUGAAACGAGAAGAGGAAAAGAGAGGAAGACGAGGAAAGAAUAAGCAACGUAAGUAACAUAACCUAAAAAUAAUCCUUAUUUUCCCAAAAUCGAAUGCAUCUUUUAACUGGUUCAAAGUAUUAAAAAAAAAUUGUCAGCACUUGCAAAAUAUUUCAUCUAUUCAUUGUUUACGGAAUUUAAGAAAAUGUCAAAGACGAUAAGAUUUUUAAACACGAGCUUCAAUGGAAAAAUCGCAUCGACUUUGACACCCCUUUAAAUUUAAAAUUUACAAUUAAUCGAUAUGGAUAAGUAAUAUUGUGAUAAUAUAGACAAAGGGAAUGAAGAGCUAUCAGAAGUGAAGCAAAAUUUUGAUAUUUUGAGGUUAUGUCAAAUUGAAAUACUAUCAACUAAUAUUUACACUAAUAAUGUAACAAUCUUUUCGUUAAUUUUGAUUUUCAAAUAACUAAAAAAACGACUCUAUUUAGUAUAAUUUACUAGCCGAAAGGAAUUUAAAUUUAAUAAUAAUUUUUCUAGUUAAUACGAGUCAUCUGUGUGUUGGUCUUGAAAAGUAGAGUUUUCAAAUAACUAGAGGGCAGCGCCUCCUGUGGUAAGUUUCGUCAGCAGCAAAAGAAAAAGUGACUUAACCUAAAAAUGUAGUUACAUAAAAAAAAUUAGUUAUUUUUAUUAUUUACUAGCAAAUAUGUUAUUACUAUUUACUGGAAAAUAUAUUAUUGCUAGUGAAUAUAUUAUUUACUAGCAAAUAUAUUAUUACUAGUAAAUAUUUUAUUACUAGUAAAUAUAUUAUUACUAAUAAAUGUUUUAUUACUAGUAAAUAUAUUAUUACUGGUAAAUACUAGUAAAUAUGUUACUAGUAAGAAUCUAGUAAAUAUAUUAUUUACUAGUAAAUAUACAUGUUGUUUACUAAUAUUAUAUUUACUAGUAAUAAAAUAUAUUUACUAGUGAAUAUAUUAUUACUAGUAAAUAUUUUAAUACUUGUAAAUAUAUUAUUAUUAAUAAAUAUUUUAUUACUAGUAAAUAUAUUAUUAUAGGUAAAUAUGUUAUUUACUAGUAAAUAUAAUAAUAUAAUAUAUUAUUUACUAGUAAACAUACAUAUUGUUUACUAAUAAUACUUACUUACUAGUAAAUAUACAAAAAAAAUACCAUUAUAAUUAUUAUAAUAACUUCUAACAGAAUUUUCAAUAUUAAAAGAAUUUUCUUUUCUCGUAAAACAUUCUUGAUUCGAAAAGAUUAAAUAGUAGACAUAACCUCAAAUUACAAACGAGUUUUUUUAACCAAAAGAAAGGAAAUUGACGACUUAUUAAUUUAUAUUGUUUUCUAUCGAAUCAAAUUCAAAUUAAAUUAAAAACAUUUUUGAGGUUAUGUUCUAAAGUUUGAUUAUUCUUCAAAGUUUAAUUAAGGUUGAGUUCACAAUGGUAACUGUUGGGUUAAGUUGACGUUUUACUAACGCAUUGUAGACGAUAGAAACUAUUAUUUCCAACCUGUUAGUAAAGCGUCGAUUUCCUAAAAAUUCUAAGGUUGAGUCCACAAUAGUUAACAAAAGGUAACGUUGGCUCAAGUUGAAAAUCUUAAGGUUUAGUCCACAAUAAAACCUUUUGGCGUGGAACUUAAAAUUUUUUGUUCCGUAUAUUUAACGUUUACGUUUAUCUUUUAUUGUCAAGAAAACCUUUAUAAGGUUGAAUCCAGAAUAAAGAUGUUUAGGUUAAGUCGUCGUGUUACUAACGUGUUAAAAACAAUAGUUUUUUUUCUAGUAACUACAUAUUUCUAUUGUUUUCGUCAACUUAAUUUUAUUGUGGACACAACCUUAUGGUUUUCAGAUUAAGUCCGCGCGUUACUAACCUGUCGAU